AUGUUUCCCGAGCCACCUAUUCCGGUCGAGAAACGUCGCCCUGGUGUGUGGAAGCCUCCUCCACGGUCCGUCGCCGUUGUCGACAGCGAUUGUGCGUCGGCGACUCCAGAGGCAGAGGAACGGCGGGGCUCUUUGGUUGUCGAGUUCACGAUAUUGCCUGGCAUCGGAUUGGUUAGUAUUCUUGUGUUGUAG